AAAACUCAGAGAAGCCAUAUACCUAGUCAGAUCAAUGAAACUCGUACCCCAAAACCCGAGAGAGUAAGCCGAAGAAGAUGAGUCGCCCCAAGAAUGACCGGGCAAUAGACCUGGGUAGUCCAUUGCUCAAUGACAUCGCCGAUGCUUUCUUGAAGAGCGCAACCAUCGGUGUUACCAAAGCUGCUGCAGAGGAUACUUACUAUGCCGUCAAAAGGGGGAGCGUUUCAAGUCAGGACUUUGAGUACACUUUGAAGAAUAUGUGUAAAGAAGGUGCAUAUUAUGGAACUGUUGCUGGAGUUUUUGUGACGACGGAGUAUGGUCUGGAGAGUGUUCGUGGCAGAAGAGACUGGUUUUUGCUGUACAGCUUGAAGCUCCUAUGUUCCUCAAAUACCUCAAUCGGUCAUAAUGCUCAUAUCAGUUCGUACAUGCUGAUUCUGAAUUUAUAAUUUAGGCGAUUGCUUCCCGAAUCUCCAGUUACUUUUUAAAGGUUCUACCCAUGUACCAUGGAUCCUCAACUAGUCAUAAUUUUCGUAGUUGUUCAUUUUAGGAUUGCAUUGUGUAGCUACUGAAAUUACACUUGGGAGACCAUAUGUAGUAUUACUAGUGAAAGGACCGAAGUAUUAUGAGUAUUCUAUUUCCUUUUGUUUCAAUCCUAUGUGCUUACCUAUUUCAACUCCUAAUUCAUCCCAAGACUAGAUUUAAUCAUUGAGACGUGAGGUUGAAACUAUUAUGGAGUUCUUUCUGAUGGCAUGCAAAUUCAAUCAGUCAAGUCUUUACUUU